CCUCCGCCCUGUCUCUCGGCGGCAGCGGCGGCAGCGGCGGCUCGCGCAGCUCGUUGGCUCACUAUAUAAAGGGAGAAGCGGGCGGACCGGACGGCUGGAGCUGCAGCCGGUGGCGGCAGCGGCGGCGCGGGGAGCGGCGACCAGUGGUGGUUUCCCUCCUUGGCGCGGGGUGGGGAGCGGGCAACGCCCCCCAAACCCCAGAAGGGUCGUGCCCUUUUUUUUUUUAAGGGCGAUCCUCGAGUUUUUAGCUCCGGGAGGACUGCCCCCUCCUCUUCCUCCCCUCGCCGAUCCCCUCUAAUCCAGCAGGAUCCGAUUUUGUUUAAAAUUCCCCCCCCAAUUUUGCGGUGGCUUGGGUCACCCUCUGGGUGUUUUUUUUUUUUUUUUUCGUUUUGUUUUUAUCUUGUUUUCUCGGGGCUUGCCCCCCUCUUGUUUGUGUUGUGUGUGGAAAUGGCGAACUCGGCAAAUACAAACACCGUGCCUAAAUUAUACAGAUCUGUGAUCGAAGAUGUUAUUAAUGAUGUGAGAGACAUCUUUUUGGAUGAUGGAGUCGAUGAACAAGUUCUGAUGGAACUAAAAACUUUAUGGGAGAAUAAACUAAUGCAGUCUAGGGCAGUAGAUGGAUUUCAUUCAGAAGAGCAGCAGCUCUUAUUGCAAGUUCAACAGCAACAUCAACCUCAGCAGCAGCAGCAUCACCACCACCACCACCAUCAGCAAGCUCAGCCACAACAGACAGUACCUCAGCAAGCACAGACCCAGCAGGUCCUUAUUCCUGCAUCACAGCAAGCUGCAGCACCACAAGUUAUUGUUCCUGACUCUAAGCUGAUACAGCAUAUGAACGCAUCAAACAUGAGUGCUGCUGCUACAGCUGCUACGUUGGCACUCCCUGCUGGUGUGACUCCUGUUCAACAGAUAUUAACAAAUUCAGGCCAACUUCUUCAAGUGGUCAGAGCAGCCAAUGGUGCCCAGUAUAUCUUUCAGCCUCAGCAGUCAGUGGUUCUACAACAACAGGUUAUACCACAGAUGCAACCUGGUGGAGUACAAGCUCCUGUUAUACAACAGGUGCUAACUCCUCUUCCUGGAGGGAUUUCACCACAGACAGGAGUCAUCAUUCAGCCUCAGCAAAUCUUAUUUACAGGAAAUAAGACACAAGUUAUACCUACAACAGUGGCGGCACCUACACCAGCACAGGCACAGAUACCUGCAACUGGCCAACAGCAGCCACAGGCCCAGCCUGCUCAACAGCAAGCUCCUUUGGUGUUACAAGUUGAUGGUACUGGGGAUACAUCAUCUGAAGAAGAUGAAGAUGAAGAAGAAGACUAUGAUGAUGAUGAGGAAGAAGACAAAGAGAAAGAUGGAGCUGAAGAUGGGCAGGUGGAAGAAGAGCCCCUCAAUAGUGAAGAUGAUGUGAGUGAUGAGGAAGGACAGGAACUCUUUGAUACAGAAAAUGUUGUUGUUUGCCAGUAUGAUAAGAUUCACAGAAGUAAAAACAAAUGGAAAUUUCAUCUUAAGGAUGGCAUUAUGAAUCUUAAUGGAAGAGAUUAUAUAUUUUCCAAAGCCAUUGGAGAUGCAGAGUGGUGAAGAGUUGGUUCUUUUCUUUUAUAAGUAAAACAAAAGAAAAUUAAAAAAAAAUUAAAAUGGACAGUUUGAAUCUUGGGACAUAUACCAACCAAAACUUAACUUCUGCAUGUCAGAAAAGUGUAGUAGAAGCAGAGCUACUGGAACAAAGAGACCUUGACAACACAGACACUACUUCUAACUGGCAAGCCAUGGAACUGUAGCACCUGGGGUUGUUGGGUUGGGGAGGGUUGGGGUUUUGUGUAGGAAAACCAUAAUUGUCAAUUUUAAAUACAGGUACCUGCCACUGGUAAUUAGCAUGUAAAGCUCUGUUUAUAUUUCUUCCUCCAACUUGGGUUCAGUCAGAAGAUACUUGUUGGAAUGAACUGAAGAAACUUCCCUUUUGAUAGAUUGAACUGAAACUGCUUAUUGUAUGUGGUUAUAUUUGGUAAAAAUUGCGUGUGAGCUUUUUACAAAAGGGUAAGAAUUAUGGUGUUGAAUUUUAAUUCACUUGUAUAAGAAAGAAGUUUAGAACUCUCAUAAUAGGUCUUAAAUAUUUUUACUUGCUCUUUCUCCCUCAGUAAUAUAUACCUCUUCCUUCCCUGCUUAAUGAAACAUCUAUGUAAGAGUUAAAGGAAGUAAUCAGUGAUCACAGUUUGGAGACAAAAUUUGACCCAGGAAUGGAUAUUUAUUUUAAUUAGGUUUUCAGACUCAUUAAAUGCAGUUUAAAGGUUUGGGUCUCAUCUGAGUGGAGCAGAAUUAAAAUGACAACUUCAACUUUCUUACAGAAAAAUUGUUUCUUUUAAUCCUACACCUUAAAAAGAAACCCCGAAGUGGCUCCUCAGGAAUACGUUUUUGUUUUGUUUUGUUUUGUUUUUGUUUUUGUUUUGCACAAAGGUACCAUCUAGCUGAAAUUUUAUGCAUAUGAAUAGAUACAAAUCUUUUUCCUGUUGGGCUGAAGUGUAUGCUUAUAUAUGUGUUUAGGCUCUUUAAGCUAAACAAACAUUUAAAUAACAUUCUGUGCAUUGAUUGAAGCAUUGGGCAGGUAGUGAGGACCUGGACUUUUAUUGAACAAUUUAGUAAUUAUAAAAAUUUCUUGUGUUUACUAGUAAAGAAUUUAAAAACUGUUAUUCUAAUUAAACACAUUUUUAAAAAUUCAACUUUGUAAUUUGAGGGAGAAAUUUUGGGUGUGUGUGGGGGGUGGGCCACUGAGUACCUAUUUACCUCUCUUUCAUUUGGUGGCUCUUGUAGGCCAUUGAUAAUAUAUAGACAUAGGCUCCAGUUUUGCACAUUAGGAAGAAAGCAUAGAAAUUUGACUUGCAUAUUAAAAAUAAGAGAAAUGUAAUAUGUAUAUUAAGAAUGCAUAGCUCUGUAUUCCGUAAGGGGCUCUAAAGAACUGUGCUGUGUUCAGCGUGUGAACGAGUUGCUUGGGAGAACUGUAGGAACAUGUAUCUUCAUCUUCUUUCAGCUAUUCUCUUUAUGGUUUAUCUUGACAAUAUUCACAUGUGUUUAAGUUACUUGUAUAUUGAAUUUUUCUAAGUCUUCCAUUUUUGUCUUCCUUUUAUUUGCCUUUGUGUUUCUGGAAGUAAUAUAGAAACACUUUAAAGUACAUUGCAAAGAAAAACUGUGAGCUAUUAAUAUUAUUUUUUCUUUUUUUAACACACAUCUUUAAACUUCUUGAAAAGACUAAUCUUUUUUUUUUUUUUUUGCCUACUCCCCACCCCAUAUACCAACUUGAUCCCUUUAACUUAUGUUCUGAACUUUGGUAUAAAUGGUGGUUUCUAGCAUGCUAGUAAUUAGGUUUUAUUUAGCUGCCAUAACUGAUAAUACGGUUUUAAUUCCUACUAUAUUAAUUUAGUUUUUUGGAGGUUUGUUUACUCCACUACACUUAAAGCACACAGGGUUUUUUUGUUUUGUUUUGUUUUGUUUUAUUAAUGAGACUGGGAGAAGAGAGGGGGGGAAUUACAGAAGUCCUAUUGUUCAGUUGUCCUUCAGUAUAAUUUCUAGUAGAUUUAUAUUUACCCAGUGAAGAAGUUAAUGACCUGAACUACCUAUAAAAGUUUAGCAGUGCUGCAGUGUUGAUGGGAUCCCUUUGGCUAUCUAGUAGUUCUUAUGCUACUGAAACUUGGAUUGCUAUAUGAUACUCAGCUUAUAUUUGGGGCUCUACAUGUAGACAAAAACAUUUGUAUUCAUAAUAGAAUUGUAUACUGGCCUGUUUUUAUAACAUUAUAUUCGAACAUGAACAACCACUGCCUUCAGAGUAACUCACUAGGGUUAUUUUGAAGCAGGAAAUAACCAUUUAUGUACCUGUGUAUAUUGCAUACUAAUUAUGGCAUACUUGGCAAAUGCUUUUCUCUUACCUAUGAAAAUUCUGAAAGCUGGUCCAAACAACACUGCAUACCAAAUUGUGCUUCAUAUAUUACUGCAUCGUGUUCCUUUUUAAUCAAAUAGUAUGUUUUAGUUUUAUUAUAGUGGCUUGAUAUAAGAAUGCCACUCAUCUUUUAUUGUACUUGAAUUCUUAAUCAUGCUUUUAACAUUUUAUUUAACUGUUCAUUAGGUUCUGUAAAAAUGUCAUUCCUUUGAAAAGACAAGGAUUCCCACUUUCAGAAUUUAAAAAUGAAAAUAACAUGUUUAUUCAAAGAGAUUAAAUAGUUCAGACUUGGUGUUAUGAAAUAAGUAAAGGUUUCAGAAGAGGAUUUCUUUAGAUUUGCACAGAUGGUGAUGGCACCUUUUAUUAAAAAAACAAUCAACAGUGCUAAGGAAAAUUUACACAAAAGUACUAGAUAAAGUGUGGAAAUGUGUGCCUUUCAGUGUAUGUACUGUUUUUUGGUGGUCAUUUGGAUAAUCAGACCCUUUGAAUGGCUGAGAGCACAUUUAAAUUUCGUGGAGCUCCGCAUUUGGCUAAAACAACUCUUUAAUGUGCAAUUAGUUUCUAGGGUAAAAUGUUAUAUGAGGGGGAUCUUUAUAUUGGGCUUUUAUAUUUUUUUAAAAGUUCACAUUUCUUUCUAUUAAUUAAAUGCCAUCAUAAUACCACAUUUAUAUUGUUGCCUCUUAAAAUCAAAGCCACCUUAGAUGUUAUUCUUCUAGGAAUACAUCAAGAUUUGAGCAGCAUAUAUAGUGAUUAAAAUGUGUUCCUGAAGAGCAUAUUCUAACAGAUUCUGGUUUUAGACAGCAAAAACGUAAAAAUAUAAUAACUUUUGUAUAAAGAUUUUCUUUUGCUAUAGAGAAAAUCAAGGAUUUGGUUUUCUUACUUUUUUCUUGGCUUUUAUGGAGGAAUGAAAAGGGUUAUCUCCUUCGAAGAAUAAUUUUUGAUUAUCUUACAGCAAUAAUGUCACCAUUACUUUCAGAAGAUAAAUAUACCUUGUAUAGGCAAACAGACAUAAUUUUCUCUUGGGAUUUCCCUUUAUAACUUAGCUUUUUCUUCCACUUGAGAAAAUUCCUAUAUUUUCAGAUUAACUUCAUCUUGAACUUUUUUGAGCUUUUGUGCAAUGUAAUACUUUAUUGAUCCAUCUUUGUACAUUUUCAUUUUAUUUCAUGUGUCCCUCCCACUUUUCUGUCUGAAUUAGCUGUUUCAUAUUUUGAAUUCAUUGGCUAAAAAUAGUUGCUUUUUAUAUUUCCUCAUGGGUUUAUGUUACAUAGUUUUGCAUUUUAAUCUAUUAUGCUAUGGAAAUUAUUCUGAAGUUUGUAUUCCCUUUUUAAGCCUGCCUUAGUCUAUUUUUUGGUCCUUUUUUAUGGUUUAAGGAAGAACAAACCAAAUUAAUAUUUUUGCUUAUUUUGAGGAACAAGAAAAAACUUGUUUUUUUCUUCUCUCUUAAGGGAAGAACUACAUUAAGUUAGUAACUACUGUUUUUCAGUUAAGUUUCCUUAAAUCAUCCAGUAUGCAUCAGGGCUACAAUUUGGGGGGAGGGGCUAAUCCUUUUUGCUGUUCUGAGCUACUAUUGUCAACUGCUGUUGUACAUACUGUUAUGUGUAAGGGCGUAAAUAUAUUUAUUAUGUUUGUAAAAUUCACUCUGUACAAUUGCAGAUCAAGGUUGCUCUUCUGUGAUAUACGGGAUAUUAUGUUUUAAAGACCAUCUUGGAAUACAAUUAGAGAACUUAGUAUUUUGAUGUACUAAGACCUAUUUUAAGUUUAAUAUUUUACCUUUGCAAAAACUUUAAUUAAAGAUGUUAUUUAAAAAAACAGGAA